UCGCUCGCAAUCGGCGGAAUGGAUCACUCUAAUCCGGGCAAAUAAAGCUGGCGUCUUUAGCCGGUAUGCGCCGCCGAAUUGCAUGUUUUGUUUCGUUUGUUGCCUCAAUCACGUGCAUUCGUGAAAAGCAGCGGCGCUUAUUCGUUAAAGCAGCGUCACAAAGAUGUCGCGUUGAGGUCAGCCUAGUAGCUAAGGUACAGUGCGGUCAGAAUAUCAAAGCUCCAUAUCGAACCCAUCCACCCCAUCUGAACCACGACAUCACAUCCUCCCACAUCACAACUCCAUAAUGCCGGCCACUACAGCAGAAGCCCAUUCCCUCGUCACUACCACCGUCUCCGUCGCACCUCUCGUCCUCCUCUCCGCCGCCGAUCACUAUGGCCGCUCCGCAAAGGGCACUCGCAAGCGGGUGGUUGGUGUGUUGCUUGGACAGAACGAGGGGAAGAACGUGAGAGUAUCAAACAGUUUCGCAGUGCCAUUCGAGGAAGACGAGAAGGACCCAUCAGUAUGGUUUCUAGACCACAACUACGUAGAGUCGAUGAACGACAUGUUCAAGAAGGUGAACGCAAAGGAGAAGUUGAUUGGGUGGUAUCAUUCGGGCCCCAAGUUACGGGCAUCGGAUCUGGAAAUCAACGAGCUGUUCAAGAGAUAUACGCCCAACCCGCUGUUGGUAAUCAUCGAUGUUCAACCCAAAGAGGCUGGCGUACCGACGGAUGCAUACUUCGCAGUGGAUGAGAUUAAAGACGACGGAACGACCACAUCUAAGACCUUCGUACACACCCCAUCUAUCAUCGAGGCAGAGGAGGCAGAGGAGAUUGGAGUUGAGCACUUAUUACGAGAUAUACGUGAUGUAGCAGUCGGCACACUCUCAACAAGGAUUACAUCGCAACUGCAAUCACUCCAAGGGCUGCAUUUGAGGCUGCGUGAUAUACAACAAUACCUCCAGAAGGUCAGCGAUGGGAAGUUACCAGUCAACCAUGUCAUCUUGGGCAACCUCCAAGACGUCUUCAACCUCCUCCCCAACCUCUCCACACCAAAGGCCUCCACAUCAGAAACCCCAGGGUCGGGCGAGGCCACCAGCGAACUGGCACACGCCAUGAGCAUCAAGACCAACGACCAGCUGAUGGCCAUCUACAUUAGCAGUCUGAUCCGCGCCAUCACAGCCUUCCAUGACUUAAUCGAGAACAAGAUCCAGAACCGUCAGCAGCAAGAGGAGAAGGAGGCGAAGAAGGACGAGGAUAAGGAGAAGGAGGGCAAGGACGCCAAGAAGGCUGAGGGCGUCGCGAACGGGGAAAUCACCUCCGUAGAAGACGCAGAGAAGGCGAAGGAGGACAAGGAGAAGAAGUAAUGUGGGUGUCGGCGAGGCGUCUGGUCUGCAAAUCGUUGGCACGGUGUUCUGAGCGGCAUAUCGAACAAGGGCAAAAUAGAUAUGCAUUUGUACUAUAUAGUGGGCAAUGGGGUGGUAAUGCCAUAGACGCAGCAAAUGCAACUAUCCAUGAUUCCAAGA